CUUCGAUAACCUUCUUCUUCGUCUCUCUCGAACUCUCUUACGAGCUUCUUAGACGACGAAUCAAUCUGUAUAUCUCUCUGUGCUAAUAAGAUGUACUCGUCGUCCAAUUUUCUUCAAUUUCCACCGGCGCGGCAACCGCCUCUAACUACUAUUCCCACCGCCUCUCCAUUCAUGCUCCGCCGGAGCUCUUACGGAUUCGGCGUGUUUCACAGGAAGCGUGCUCGUUUCAAGAGACAGAGCCGGAGCUUAGUUCUAGUGAACUCCUCGUUUCUUCCUCCGCCGUUCGACGGCAGCGUCCCUCUCGAUUCCUUAGCUCCAUCUCUCGCCGGAUUCGCUUCGGGAUUAGCGGUUUCUCUUUCAUCGAUUCUAUUCAGAAGAUCUGUAGGGAUUAACGAUCGAACAAGAAGGAGCGUUGAGGAAGUCGUUGGAGAAUGGAUUCUAUUCACGAGUCCGACGCCGUUUAACAGAUUCGUUCUCCUCCGUUGCUCUUUACUCUCGUUUGAUCUUAGCGUAGGCCAAGAAGGAAGCCUGAGCGAUAGGCUCGUGAAGGAAGAGAGACAUUUCGUUACUCUAGACCGCGGGAAGAUCGUAACGUCCCAGAGAGCUGCGGAGGAGGAAGGUAAGGCGUUAGAGUAUCAGAGGAUCUGCAUCUCUACAGAGGACGGGGGAGUUGUUUCGCUUGAUUUUCCGGCGGAUUUGGAUCUUAGAGAGGAGCGUGGGAUGGACACGACUGUGAUUAUAAUCCCGGGAACGCCGGAAGGGAGUAUGGAUGUAAGCGUUAGGUUGUUUGUAAAGGAGGCUUUGACACGUGGCGUGUUUCCUGUGGUGAUGAAUCCUAGAGGAUGUGCUGGUUCUCCUCUCACUACACCUCGGUUAUUCACAGCUGGUGAUAGUGAUGAUAUAUCAACAGCUAUAAGAUUCUUGACCAAGACAAGGCCAUGGACUACGCUUAUGGGCGUUGGGAGGGGAUACGGUGCAAAUAUGUUGACGAAGUACGUCGCAGAAGCUGGGGAGAGAACACCUCUUACGGCUGCUGUUUGCAUAGAUACCCCAUUUGACCUGGAGGAGAUCACAAGAACAUCUCCGUAUUGUACUAGUUUGGAUCGACAGCUUACUGGUGGAUUAGUAGAGAUACUUCUGGCAAACAAGGAGCUUUUUCAAGGCAGGCCAAAAGCCUUUGAUGUUGGAAAAGCUUUGUCUUCAAAAUCAGUACGUGACUUUGACAAAGCCUUAUCCAUGGUGGCAAAUGGUUUCGAGAGUUUAGAAGAUUUCUAUUCCAGUUGUGCCACCAGAGAUGUGAUUGGGGAAGUAAAAAUUCCUGUCCUCUUCAUACAGUGGUUGGCUGCCGUAGAGCUUGGGCUUCUGAAAGGUCGUCAUCCACUUUUGAAAGACGUGGAUGUUACUGUUAACCCUUCAAAAGGCUUGGUUCUUUCGGAAGCCAAGACACCUGAAAAAGGUAUCACUGCCCAGAAGCUCGCGCAGGUAGCUCGGGGAAAGACGGUGAAUGGUUUCCAUGUAGAUCCUGCAAGGAAAACACUUGAAGACAGUUACAUCACACCUAAGUCUAGUUUGCCAUUUGGACCAGAGUUGGAGAAGAAAGUAAAAAUCGAUGCUGGAUCUGAUGAGCCAGUAAAUGAUGGGGUUCCGACAAGCGGUCCUGUCAAUGUUGAAUUAGGCGAAGAUAAUAUGUCCGAUGAAGAAGAAAGUGAAAGAGGCGAUAUGUUGCAGACUGCAGAAGUGGUCGUGAAUAUGCUUGAUCUAACCAUGCCUGGCACCCUGAAAGCUGAAGAGAAGAAAAAGGUUAUGGAUGCUGUUGGGCGAGGAGAGACAGUCGUUAAAGCUUUGCAAGAUGCCGUGCCAGAAGACGUUCGUGGGAAGCUAACAACAGCUGUAACUGAGAUCAUGCAGUCAGGUGGCAGUAAGUUAAAAUUUGAAAAGCUUAACCUUCCUAGUUUAUCACCAGGAAUUGGAAAAGCGGAGGAAGCAAGGAAAGAACCAUUAAGUACCACAGGUCAAAAGGAUCCACAUUCUGAUCCAAUAAAAAAGAGGGAUGGUUUGGUGAGUGGAUCGGACAAUUCUGCUGGUGGGAUAGCACCAGAGCAUUCCUCUUCCAAGGCUUCCCAGAAAGACGGUGAUAAUGGAAAGACCGAACUCGUCAACAGUAAUCAAGAUGAUAGCUCUGUCCUUGCGAAGAAAGGUAAUGAUGAGCCAGGGAGUCUUGGAAAUAACGAAUCAUCUGCCAGUGAAAAAAAUAGUGCAGCUGAUGUUUCUGAGAAGGCUUCUGAAGCAAAGGUUGAUAGUACCAACCAAGGGCAGCCAACUGGCACAGAUGAUAUAGCUAGCGAUGAUGACAAAGUGGACCAAGGUUCAGUAAUAGCCAAGCCUCAAAGACAGGAAGAAACUAAGAAAAACGAUGAAAAAGGAGCACCUGUGACCAAUGAAAAUUCCAGUGCAUCUGAUUCUCUUGAGAAGGCUUCAGAUGCAAAAGUUGAUGGUAGCAACCAAGGGCAACCAAUCAGCGCAGACAAUGUAAUCAGUGGUGAAGACAAAGCGGACCAGGGUGCUGUAUUAGCUCAGCAACAAAGAAAGGAGGAAACCACUAAAAAUGAUGAUGACCUAAAACAAUCUGCCACCGACCAAGACAAAGUGACAUCAACUGGCAACGAUGGAGAUGGUGGAGAAUCUUCUGCUUCGCAGUCUGUAAGGAAAGAAGAAAUUGAUGAUCAGAACAAAGAAACAAAUAUUAUGGAACCUGUAUCUGACCAAUCUCAGUCAGUAAUUCAGGAACCAAAUCAGGCCAAGUUUAAUGUUUCCCAAGCAUUUGAAGCACUGACAGGGAUGGAUGAUUCAACCCAGGUCGCUGUAAAUAGUGUGUUUGGUGUGCUUGAAAAUAUGAUUACUCAGCUGGAUGAAGAAAAGAAAGAAGGGGAUGAGGAAAAUGAUGAGAAGAAUCUCAAGGAUGAGAAGAACACGGAAGAUAAGAAUGUCGCAGAUGUGAAGAAUGUCGUUGAUGAGAAGACUGUCACAGAGGAGAAUAUAAGGUCUCCAUCUGAAGAGCAAACUUCUUGCAACGAAGAACUGGAAUGCCAAAUGUCCUCUGAAAAAUCACAUGAUCAUGAAACUGGUAAAGGUUCUGACAACAAUAAUACAACCUCGGUGAUGAGUAAAAAGCAUUUGGGUGGAGAUGAAUCUGUGAUUGGUCAGUAUCUACCAAAGACUUUACCUGCAAAAAAUAUAGAUUCGCUCGAGAAUUCUUCUUAUGAUGGUUACUUUGGGGAGGAACUCUCAGAAGAGCAGAUUGCAAACCAAUUGGACUUAGAUACAACCACUGCACUCAUGCUUGAUUAUUAUCCAGAGGAAGGUAAAUGGAAGCUUCUCGAUCAACAACCAGAAUACUUGAGUAACCUUGCUGACAAUGCAGCUGUCAGCAGAGAUACGCACGCAGAUGUUGAGGGACAUUCACCUAGUGUAAGUAAUGAACAGAACAUCAUUGAGCCUUCAUAUGUGAUAUUGGACCAUGAACAAGAGGUGGAACUCUCUGAAAUGCAUGAGGCAGUGGAAGAUAGAAAUGACGAUCUUCACAAAUCAAAGGAAGGGUGUGAUGAAUUAGAGCACCUCAUCAAAGUUAUUGUAUCAGACUCUUUGAAUGUAGAAGUUCAACGCAGAAUGAAUUCAGCUGGCAUGAGACAAUUUGAGUCUCAACUCAGUCGAGAUAUAAAAAGGGUAGCAAAUGCAAUUUCUUUUGCUGUUGUAUAUGGGGAGCCUACUUGGACUUUCAAAACGAAUAGCAAACAUUCCAACAUUCCUGCUGGAAAAGUAGGUAAACUUCGUGGGAAUGCUAUCAUUAGGGCAAUUUCAUCUGCUGUUCAAGAAGCGCAUUUUCUCAGGCAAGUAUUGCCUGUUGGUGUUGUUGUUGGCUCCGUUUUAGCUGCUCUGAGAAAAUAUUUCGAUGUAUCCACAUCAACCGAUAACGCUGAGAGAGAUAUUGUCAUGGGUAGAGCCCAAAAACAUGGGAACAAUGGUGCAACAAAGAGUGUUGUGCCAACCCAGACGAGCCGGAAGCGCAAACAGAAGAACUCGAGUAUUGGAGAAAUGAUGGAAUCUGGCCUGCAAAAUAUCAGCAAUGAGCCUGUUAUGGUUGGUGCUGUAACAGCUGCUCUGGGUGCAUCUGCUAUGCUGGUUCAGCAGGAGGAUUCUCAAAGCGGUGGCAUCAUGUCAAAACCAUCGGAGAAAGAAAGUAAACAGAAAGACCAAAGCGGUAUGGUAGCAAGUUUUGCUGAGAAAGCUAUGUCCAUAGCUGGUCCUGCGGUUCCAACAAAGGAAAGUGGUGAAGUGGAUCAAGAUAGGAUUGUGACGAUGUUGGCAGAUUUGGGUCAGAGGGGUGGCAUAUUAAGGCUAGUUGGGAAACUUGCCUUGCUUUGGGGUGGCCUUCGUGGUGCUAUGAGUCUAACUGAUAAGCUAAUCCAGUUUCUGCGUGUGGAUGAGUGGCCCUUACUGAAGAGGGUUGUGGGAUUUAUCGGAAUGGUGCUCGUUCUGUGGUCACCGGUUGUGAUACCAUUGCUUCCAACGCUUGUCCAGAGCUGGUCCACAAGUACUCCAUCUAGAGUGGCGGAACUAGCUAGUGUAGUUGGCCUCUAUAUUGCUGUUUUUAUUCUUGUUAUGCUAUGGGGGAAGAGAGUAAGAAAGUAUGAAAACCCAUUCAGACAAUAUGGACUUGAUUUCAAGGGAUCAGCCAAAAAACAGGUUCAAGAGUUUUUGAAGGCCUUGGCAGGGGGUAUCACAGUCGUUCUAUUAAUACAGUCCAUAAAUACAAUAUUAGGAGCUGCAAUUUUAUCUCGGCCGCCAUAUCUUCCACAUCCCUUCGAUGCCAUGAAGUGGCUUAAAGGAAGCGUGCAACUGCUUCUGCUGGUAGUGAAGGGAUUUACAGCUGCGACAUUUGUUGUAUUUGUGGAAGAGCUGCUCUUCAGAUCAUGGAUGCCUAACGAAAUUGCUAUAGAUACGGGAUACCAUCAAAGCAUUAUCAUUACAGGGCUCGUAUUUGCCUUGUUCCAAAGAUCCCUGAGAUCAAUUCCAGGGUUAUGGCUUUUGUCGUUGGGGCUCGCAGGGACUCGUGAAAGAAGCCAAGGAAGUCUGAUUGUUCCAAUCGGGUUGCGAACAGGAAUAAUCGCAACAAGUUUUAUACUUCACACAGGUGGAUUCCUCACCUACAACCCGAGUUCCCCGGUUUGGAUUGCAGGGACUCGCCCGUUACAGCCGUUUAGCGGAGUGGUUGGUUUUGUUGUCUCUGCGGCGCUAGCUCUCAUUCUUUAUCCAAGACCUCCAGAAACCAUGAUGCAAAAAUACAAUUUACAAAAAGAACCCAAACAUUAA